AUGUUCCGAGACUUCGGGGACCCCGGGCCCAGCGCGGGGUCGGCCGGCGCCUAUGGCAACCCGCCGCACGGCCCCGCCUCGGCGCAGGCGGCCACCCAGCAGUUCCACCUUGUAUCAAGCCUCAACGCCCUGAGCAGCAGCCAGGAGCUGCAGUGGAUGGUGCAGCCUCACUUUCUGGGGCCCAGCAGCUACCCCAGGUCUCUGGGCUACCCUCACUUUAGCCCCUCGCUGCCCCGACCAGGCGUCAUCCGGGCCUUGGGCCCACCUCCAGGAGUGAGGCGCCGGACCUGUGACCAGAUGAGCCCCGAGGAGGAGGAGCGCCGCAGAGUGAGGCGAGAGCGGAACAAGCUCGCGGCCGCCAAGUGUCGGAACCGGAGGAAGGAGCUGACAGACUUCCUGCAAGCUGAGACCGACAAAUUGGAGGAUGAAAAGUCGGAGCUGCAGCGAGAGAUCGAGGAGUUGCAGAAGCAGAAGGAGCGCUUGGAGCUGGUACUGGAAGCCCACCGCCCCAUCUGCAAAAUCCCCGAACAGGCGGAGGAGGAGAGCGGCGCCGAGGGCCCGAGCGGCUCAGGCGCUACCACCAGCCCCCCGGCCCCCUCUCGCCCGGUGCCUUGUAUCUCCCUUUCCCCGGGGCCGGUGCUGGAACCCGAGGCUCUGCACACUCCCACGCUCAUGACCACACCCUCCCUGACUCCGUUCACCCCAAGCCUGGUCUUCACCUACCCCAGCACCCCAGAGCCCUGUGCCUCGGCCCAUCGCAGGAGUAGCAGCAGCAGUGGGGACCCAUCCUCUGACCCUCUGGGCUCCCCCACGCUCCUUGCUCUGUGAGUUGCUCCAGCCUCCUCCCUGUAGUCAACACCCCCCACCCCGCUCCCCUCCCUCCUCCACUGGUCCAGCUGGCCUGGACCAAAGUCUAUUCCCAACACCAGCAGAGACAUCUCCCUCCCUCCAGAUGAGACUCAACAUUUUUGCUUCAAGAGGGAGCCAACUUGGGGCCACUAAAGCUGUCCCUGGUUCCUCAUAAGAUGGCCCCUCUGCCACAAUUUGCACGGACAUGAGACAAGACUAUUUCCUCCUGCUUGGGCCAGAGACCUUCUGGCUGUCCAAAGAAACCGUGUAGAGUCUUUGAGGCCCUCGGGAGCCCUAACCUCUUCCAGAUCCACCCCCACAGUCUGUCUCCUAUCACCCUCUUCUGAUCACUCACCCAACCCUACUUCCUACAGACGUUGUGGCUGUACCAACCUAGAACACUAACUCACCCAGCCCCACUGCCAGUAGCACCAGCUGAUUGGACCAAAGCAUUUUGCCAGCCCCUCCAAAACAGCCCUUCCA